AUGUGCAAUUUUAAUGUAACUGUUAAUGACUUAAUCAUGACAAAAUUAGUGUUUUUAUUAGUUGCAUCACAACUUCAGGCAAAGUAUAAAACGAUUUCUGAUGAUAUGCUAUUGCCAAUUAUUCACGUAGUACUUACGUCAACUGUUAUUUGCACAUUGGGUGCUAAAAUUUUAGUUUAUUCUCCACGUAUUGAAUAUAGUCACGUAAACUUUAUGGGACGAAUGGCAGAUAUAUUAGUUCAAGCUGGCCACAAUGUGGUAAUAUCAGUUGUUGUAGUGUCAGAUUUGAAUAGUAAUGUGCACAACAACGAACAGUUGGCUGAUGAAAAUUUUAUUGAAAACCUUCGAGAAGAAAAAUUUGAUUUGGGAAUUACAGAAUUAAUUUCGUUUUGUUCGUAUGCCUUAUUUAGAAAGCUGGAAAUCAAAGCUUAUAUCUCUAGCUAUUCGCUUAAUCUUAUGGAAGUGAUAAGUGAUCCUUUAGGAGUUAGUAGUAAUCCAAGUUACGUUCCAGUAAGUGUAAGCAAAAAUAGCGAUGAAAUGACUUAUUUGGAAAGAUUAGACAACUUUCUGCACUACAUUGCCAUCUACUGUAUGAGUAGAUAUUUUGCUAUAACAAUUGCGAGCAGUUUAAAUAAGGAUCAUUCAAUAUCGCAGAGUCACGAAAUUCUUCAAAUGGCAAUAAAAAAUAGCUCAUUUGCAUUAAUUAACAGUGAAGAACUUCUGGAAUAUCCCAGACUUAUGAGCCAGAAAGUAGUUUUUAUUGGAGGGAUAGCAGUAAAUAAGCCAAAAAAUCUUGAUCAGUUUUAUGGUCAGUUAAUGAAUGAAUCGGUAAAUGGCGCAGUAUUAAUAUCAUUUGGCGCAAAUGCGCGAAGCAAAUAUAUGAGUCAAGCUGGUAAAGAAUGCUUUGAGAGGACAUUUGAAUCUUUUCCUGAAAUUUUGUUCAUAUGGAAAUAUGAAGGCAAUGAUAGUGUGGCGAAUAAUAUACCGAACGUUGUCAAAAUGGAAUGGGUACCUCAAAAUGAUCUACUUGGCCAUAAAAAUUUACGAGUACUUAUCUCACACUGUGGUCAGAAUAGCAUAAUGGAAGCCGUGCAUGCAGGAGUACCAAUAAUUUGCAUACCAUUACUUGCUGACCAAACAAGGAAUGCAAAAGCUCUCGAAAAACGGCAAAUCGCAAUUGUAAUCAAAAAAAAAGAUUUAAAUGCGAUAUCUCUGCAGUCUGCCUUACGAAGAAUACUGUACAAUAAAAAAUUUGGAGACAAUUCAAGAAGAUUAGCAGAAAUGAUCCGAGAAAAGCCAAUAUCUGCUCGAGAUCGAUUCCUAAAUAGCAUUAAUUUCGUUCUCAAAUUUCAUGGUGUUCAUAAUCUCGAUAUAUCAAGUGCAAAUCUGAAUUUCUUACAAUAUUAUCUUUUAGAUUUGGUCUUUCCUUUCAUCCUUCUGAUUGCCUUAUCAGCUUAUCUUGUCCUUCGAGUUUUAAUCAAAUCCAUUUCUUUCUCUGCUCGCAAAAAAGAUAAAUCUGAUUAG